CUGAGGCUUUGGCAGAGGACAUGUGUACAAACCAACAAACGGUGUCACUUUGUCUCUUCAACCAUAAAGCGAGCUGCAGUCUACUUUUCGUGAUUGAUCGUGCCUUGACGGUGCUCACAAACCGCUGUCUGGCUGACUAUCACUCACCCCGCAGUGGGCCUUGGAGUUACUCAAGUGCCAGGCCGAGAACCGUCUCAGUUGCGAUAAGAGCUCCGGGGCUGACCGUUAUCAUAUAAGCCAACUCCGGAUCAACCGACCGACAUCACAACCACCCAUUCCCUGGCCUGGGGACCUGUUUCUAUUGCUGGCCAAGAUGAGCUACAGAUACCCCCACGAGGACGACUCGGACGAGAACGGUUUCGGUGAGAGCCUGCAGCAGUCUUCCGGAGCUCAACCUCACGACUCAUCCGAAAGCGACGAUGACGUCUUCGAGCCGGCGACAGAGGUCACAGAGGAUGACCAAGACGACGAGGAGGGCGAUUCGGAUUAUGAAGAUGACGAGAGCGCCGAGGACGAGGAUGAGGAUGAUGAGGAUGCAUUUCACGAUGCCGAGACCGGCUACACCGUCGAAGUUGUCUACGGUGGAUCAGAAGACAACGAGGAAGGCGACGGCGCCGAAAACGAGGCGGCGCAGGGGGAGAGAAGACCAGUGACCAUCUCAAUCGGAAACCUCUUGGGACGGAUUGGGGCACCUCAUCUCUCAGCACAGCAACUAAUGGCCCUCUUCCACAGCCGAGACAUCGGCCACGUACUCUUCAAUGAAGUGGGCGAGGAUUGGCCCGGACCUCGUCGGAGGCGGCAGCCCCCUGAUCCUAAUCGCUUCCCCAAGGUCCCCAGCGACAAGGGUACCGAGCUGAUGAACUCGGGCGCAUUCGGCUCAACAGACAGGUCUGCCGUCCGGCACAGGAAGAAACUCGCUCGCCGCAUCCUCGACCGGGAACUCGGCGUCGGCAACCCGCGGAUCAACCAGGCCGCCAUGGCGCAGGAGAUGAUUCCUACUUCAGAAGCGGACAUGAUUGUCCAAUACAAUGCUCCCGUAUAUUGCGGACAGUUCAGCGAGGACGGCAACUUCUUUUACGCUUGCGUAAAGGAUUUCAAAGUACGCAUGUAUGACACGAGCAACCCGUACAACUGGCGGUAUUACAAGACGGUCACUUAUCCCUGGGGCCAAUGGACGCUCACCGACGCACAUUUGUCACCAGACAACAAGUGGCUUGCCUACACAUCACUGCAGAGCCAUGUGUGCUUCGCUCCCACAGAUCCGAAUGACAAGGGCGAUCCCUACACGCUCGACCUGGGCAGCGGCUCUAGGGACACCGGAUGGGGGGGAUGGAGGGCACGGGGGCACUUUGCCAUCUGGUCGAUCCGGUUCUCGGGUGACGGGCGGGAGCUCAUUGCGGGCAACAACGUCUCGAGUAUUAUCGUCUAUGACAUCGAGUCCCGCCGUGUGCUUCACAACAUCCAGGGCCAUGAUGACGAUGUCAAUGCAGUAUGCUUCGCGGAUCCAAAGGAUCCCCACAUUAUCUACUCGGGCUCAGACGACCAGGUGAUCAAGGUUUGGGACCGGCGGUCGAUGGGAGAUGGGAGAGAAGCGGGCGCCUUCGUCGGACACAUCGAAGGUCUGACGUACAUCGACAGCAAGGGCGACGGGCGUUACAUCCUCUCCAACAGCAAGGACCAGACCAUGAAGCUAUGGGACCUGAGAAUGGCCAUGUCGACGGAGCGGUACGAGGAACUCAACCCGCGACAGCACACGCAGCACACGGACUACGACUACCGGAUGGAGGACUACGAUAUGGACAACUGGUUCCAGCACCCGGAUGACAACAGCGUCGUGACAUUUCGAGGGCACAAGGUGCAGGGCACGCUCAUCCGCUGCCACUUCAGCCCCGCGGGGAGCACCGACUCGCGGUACGUAUACAGCGGCAGCCAGGACGGCAAGGUCUACGUGUGGAAUAUGGACGCGACGCUCAAGUCCACCAUCGACGUGGCCAGGGCGACGGGAAGGGCGACUCGGAGGCACGGUGGCGGCAGUGGGAGGCGCGGCUGUGUGCGUGAGCCGUACUGGCACCCCAAUGCGCCCAUCAUUGCUGCGUCUUCGUGGGGUGGGUUUGAUAGGAGCUACGGUUCGGUUUCGGUCCAUUCGUGGAACGAGAAUACAGAGGACGACGUGGAUGAUCCGAAGAUGGGCUGGAGCGUGAACGACCAUCUUGGGGCAGAGAGCUUUGGGGUGGAAUAUUAGCGGUUGUUUAUUUUUCGAGCGUACAGUUGCCAUCGAGCCAAGAAUUCCAGUAUAAGGAGUCAUUCAAAUAGUCCCAAAGAGAUGGAGUAUAUCUGUAUUUCAAGUAUUGUCAUCACCACUCUUGGUGGACCCUCGGGCAGUGAGAGGGAAAAGUGUCUACCUAAUGUGAGGCACAGCAAGGUAAGGUUGCUUGUUGCUUGAGUGCCGUCUACACAAUGCACCAUGAGAUGGCUAUAUCACCACAAUAGGCAAAUAUCUCACAGAACACUCGAGAC